UUGUCAAGGUUAUUUUGUACGAAAACAUGAAACGAAUCGCUUCGAUUAUUCUUCUUUGUUUCGCUGUUUUCUUGAUGAAAUCUUUCGGAUAUAAAUCUGAAACGAUUUCUUUGGAAGAAGUGAAAAGUUUAAAAAAUAACGGAACGGUUCUAUUUAUAGACGUAAGAGAACCGGAAGAAAUAAAAUCAACCGGAUUAAUACCGGGAUCUAUUAAUAUACCUUUGAAAACCUUAAAAUAUGUCUUAGAAGAAAUGUCAAAUGAAGAUUUCAAUAUUAAUUACGGAAAAACUCGACCUAAUUUUGAAACAGAAUUAGUUUUUACUUGUAGAACAGGAAACCGAAGUAAACAAGCUUUAGAUUUAGCAAAAAAUUUGGGAUUUAAAAAUGUUCGUCAUUAUGAAGGAGGUUGGAUUGGAUGGAUUAAAAGCAACGAAUUCUAAUUAAAAAAAAUGUUACCACUUAAUUUUUUUUUUGUUUUUAAAUUCUACUUUUGCAUUUGCAUAAAUAAUAAAGUGGUUUCUAUAAAAACGCGUCAUAAAAUGAAAGCGGCGGAUGAUCAAAGCCUGAAUACCUAACGAGAAUCAUUGUUUACAUUAAAAGAAUAAAAUCCUUUGACAAUUCAAA